AUGUCUCUGUGCACAACACAGAGUCUUGUUCACAGAGUUAGAAGUAUAUUUUGUAGCAAAUUAAACUUCACUUCCCUACCUUUGUGUCCCUCUGUCUCUUGCUCUCCCACUCACUUUUGUUCUCUCUCAUUCACUCUGCACUCUCUCUUCCAGUUUGUAGGGGUAGAGGGUUUGAUAACGGGAAUCAUGGACAUGCUACCGCCUAAAUCUGCCCUGGGCUCCCUGCGGCGAGAGGUGGUAGCAGCCAUCUGCUGCGUCAUCUGCUUUCUGAUCGACAUGUCUAUGGUCACAGAGGGAGGGAUGUAUGUCUUCCAGCUGUUUGACUACUACUCUGCCAGUGGCAUCACUCUGCUGUGGCAGGCUUUCUGGGAGUGUGUGGUGAUUGCAUGGGUCUAUGGCGCAGACCGUUUCAUGGAUGACGUGGCUCGUAUGAUUGGCUAUCAGCCCCUACCCUACAUGAAGUGGUGCUGGUCCUACAUCACACCUUUUGUCUGUGUGGUAAGUAACGGUGGAAAACAAUCCCUGUCACUUAAGGAUUGAUUAUACAGUAUUUUUGAAUGUUUGAAGCAAUAUAAUUCAAAUGCCGCUUUUAUUGUUGUAAUCAAUAAGUAACCUCCUUUUCAAGAAUAGACUGUAUACAAAGAUGGAUAACACAUCAUCGCUUAC